AUGCCUAUCAGCAAGGACAAGCUGAUUUUAAUAUUAGGAAUGGUCUGCUUGGAACAAGGUCAUUCUGAAACCCUUUCUUCCAUAAGAGAUCCUGACUGUGGGCAGAGUCUGGUUAAGCACCAGCCUCAGAAUUACUUUAGCCUUUUCAGUCGCAUUGUUGGAGGAAGCCAAGUGGAAAAGGGUUCCUAUCCUUGGCAAGUUUCUCUGAAACAAAAGCAGAAGCACAUCUGUGGAGGGACCAUCAUCUCUUCACAGUGGGUCAUCACAGCUGCUCAUUGCAUGGCUAACAGAAACAUUGCGUUAACUUUGAAUGUAACUGCUGGAGAACAUGACUUAAGCCAAGCCGAGCCAGGAGAGCAAACACUUGCCAUUGAAACCAUCAUUAUACACCCGCAGUUCUCCACCAGAAAACCUAUGAUCUAUGAUAUAGCCCUUCUGAAGAUAGUUGGAACCUUCCAAUUUGGACAGUUUGUGAGGCCCGUGUGUCUUCCAGAGCCAGGAGAACACUUUAAUGCUGGAUUUAUUUGUACAACUGCAGGCUGGGGUCGGUUGUCCGAAGGUGGCAGCCUCCCACAAGUCUUGCAGCAGGUGAACUUGCCCAUUUUGACUCAGGAGGAAUGUGAGGCUGUUCUGUUGACCUUAAAGAACCCCAUUACUGGGAAGACCUUUCUCUGCACAGGAUCCCCUGAUGGAGGGAGAGAUGCUUGUCAGGGAGAUUCAGGAGGGUCACUUAUGUGCCAGAAUAGGAAAGGGGCCUGGACUCUGGCUGGAGUGACAUCUUGGGGUUUGGGCUGUGGUCGAAGCUGGAGAAACAAUGCAAGAAAGAAAGAGCAAGGAUCUCCUGGGAUCUUCACAGAUCUUAGGAGAGUGCUUCCCUGGAUCCAUGAACAUAUCCAGACUGGCCAUCGAAGAGAGGGCACCAAAGCCUUAUGCAUUGAGCCUGAUGGUCUCAUCAGUGGGUCUGAGGGAGAGCUGCACUUCCCAGAAAGCCUCCACCUAUACUAUGAGAGCAAGCAGAGGGUACUCCCUCUACUGUGUGUCUGGACCUUCCUGGUUCCAGAGGACAUGCAUAUGUUGCUCAAUUUGUCACACUUGAAUGUAGAGUCUUGUCACCACCAUUACCUGGCAAUGUACUCUUUAGAAGACAGACUCGUUGGGAAAUUCUGUGGAGAGAAUCUCCCUUCAUCCAUUCUCAUUGGCUCCAGUUCUAUCCGGCUGAGAUUCAUCUCUGAUGCCACAGAUUAUGCCACUGGGUUUAAUCUCACCUAUAAAGCACUUAAGCCGAGAUACCACCCUGAUUCUGGCUGCAGGUCUAUCCUCUUUGAAGAAGGUCCUAUACAGAGUCUUCACUAUCCUGAAGACUAUGGUGACAUGGCUAGCUGUACCUGGAUUUUUCAAGCCCCCAACUAUUACCUAAUUAAGCUGUCUUUUCAGAGCCUAGAAAUAGAAGAAAAUGGAGACUGCACCUCUGACUAUGUGACUGUACACAGUGAUGUCAAGAAGGAGAAAGAAAUAGCUUGGCUCUGUGGCUAUGUGGUACCCAGCCCUGUGCUAAGUUCCUCCAGUGUGAUGCUCAUCAGCUUCCAAUCAGAUGAAAAUGGCACUUCCAGGGGCUUCCAGACUGACAUUUCCUUCAUUUCUAGAGCAGAUUUAAAUAUCUCCAUAUCAGAGGAUAAAUCAGUGCCUCUGGAGACAUGGGAUGUACCACCUGGAGCAAUGGAAAUUUCUGAUGCAGAGAGAGACACACAUACAAGAACACCAUACGAAGAAGACAUUGGGGAGAUGCCAGCUAUUGACAGUGGCCUUCUGAAGCAAGGGAAGAGGUAUGGAAAGCACUGA